AUGUCAAUCGCAUCGGCGCUCAUCAUGGUCAAGUCUGCUGCUGAAUGUAAACAACGUUUACUCGAGUAUGGCAAUGCACUGGCACAGAGCGAGUCCAUCCCAAAGGAACUCAAUGUCCCACUGGUACUCACCAAAGACCAAACUGUCACUGAGGAACACACACAUGCGAUCGUCAUCGACCUUCUAUACUCAUUGUUAGAACAAGCUAAACCAUCAGCCAGAGUGACUGCUCUCAAGGAAACCACAUGUUGGAGCCAAUACAACCACUACCAUCAAAGAGACACCGAGAUCAAUGAAGUCACCGAGCCAUUGAGUCCAGAGGUGAGACUCACAACACAAGUGGAUGUUGAUGCAAUCGUGGAUGAUGAGGGUGAGGAGGAGGAGGACUCGAAGAAGACGAUGCCGAUCGAACCUAUAUAUGUCAAGAAGGAACCUAACAGCGAUGACAACAUGGAUUCGUCUGGUGACUGGGUCGAUCCACCAAAGCAGAAGAAUAAGCUAACAAGGUUAUCACGCAUGCCAUCGCCAACACCAACCGACGACACUGUUGCCAAAGAGACACAGCAAACAACAACACCAAAGCCACAAUCGGAUGGAGAUGAAGAUGAAGACGAUGUCGACGACCGGGAUGACAUUGAUAAAGAACUGGAUAAGAUGUCCCGUGAGGACCUCGUCAAGAUGCUCAAGAUGAAGGGUGGUUCUAAAGCGAUUGCGAGAUAUGAUAUGGUAGUGGGUGAUAGCGAAGACACCGACAAGGACAAGACAGACAAGAAGAGAAAGCGCAAUGGUUCACCAUCACAACAUGUGAAGAAACAGAAGGGGACGAGCAAGGCGGUGAAGACCAACACCACCGACAGUGACAAGGACUCUUAG